UCAAACAGUCAUUGUUCAACCUCAUCAAAUAUGAAAUUACAAGGUAUUGCGGUACUGCUAUUGGCAGGUUUGGUUUUGGCAGAGAAGAAAGAAGAUGCUAAAUCCGUAGAAGCUUCUGACAAGAAGCAGACCAAGAGAGGUCUUUUCGAUUUGGGAUAUGGUGACAGCCAUAGUUUGGGAGGAAGUCAUGGAAUCGAAUUGGGAGGUCAUGGUUUGGAUUUUGGUAGCAGUUAUGGAGGUGGUUAUGAAUCACAUGGACAAGUCAAGCAUGUUACCAUCACUAAGGAAGUACCAUACCCUGUUCCUCACCCAGUACCUUAUCCAGUGGAAAAACCAGUACAUGUACCAUACCCUGUUAAAGUACAUGUCCCAGUAGAUCGUCCAUACCCAGUUCAUGUCCCGAAACCAUACCCAGUCCCAGUUGUGAAACAUGUACCAUACCCAGUGGAAAAACCAGUACCAUACCCAGUCAAAGUACCAGUUAAGAUUCCAGUGAAGGUACCCUAUCCAGUAGCUGUGCCAAAGCCUUACCCAGUACCAAUACACAAGCCUUAUCCAGUGCCCGUUAAAGUUCCAUAUGUUGUUGAGAAGAAAGUACCAGUCCUGAUCCAUGGUCAUGGAGGGUACGAUAGUAUCGACUCAGGAAGUUACGGGCAUGGUGGUUUCGACUUUGGAAGUUAUCAUCAUUAAACAAUGACUGUUGGAAAUCACUAUUAUAUAUUUUUCAUAAUCAUCCUUCUUCAGCAAUUCUUUAUUUAUUUACAUUUCAAAUAAUAAAAAUUUUUUAAAC